UCCCCCUUAUGCAUCAGAAGAGACACAUCAUAUGCCCAGGUCAUGAUAUGGUACUUGGCCAAUAUGGAAAGUAUAAGAUCUGUUGCUAAUCGCUUCGCAAUAAGUACAGUUAAAUGUGGAGCAUGGUCUGAUCGGGUGCCAUCGCAAAAUGCUGCCCAAAUCAUAUCCAAUAACUUUCAAAGAAGAUUUGGUAUGAUAGGUGUAAUUGGUGCCAUUAAUGGUAGCUAUGUUCGGAUAAUUGCACCAAGGGAUCAUCAUACGUCUUACAUUAACAGGAAGGGUUACCACUCUGUAUUGCUACAAGGUGUAUGUGCUGCCGAUAUGUUAUUCACUGCUGUGAACACCGGAUUUCGUGGAUCAGUACAUGAUUCAACAUUGUUUAAAAGAUCAGAUCUAUACCAUAAAAUUACUACAGGUGGUGUAGAAAUGGGAAAUUUGUACUGGAUUGGGGAUAAAGCAUAUUCCUUACACACCUAUUUAGAGCGACAAAAAAAUUAUAAUCUUGUUCUAGAGCGGUAAUUGAGAAUGCCUUUGCAUUUUCUUAAAGGUCGUUUCAGGCGGCUUAAAUAUAUCGAAACUGUAAAAUUAGAAUAUAUUGUGCUAUUAAUUAUGGGAGGGACAAUUCUUUACAAUCUAUGCUUAUUAUGCAAAGAUAGAUUUAAAGAUUUAAUAGAUGUGCAUGCUGAGGUAGAGGAAGAAAGAGUAAUUAAUGAUAUUGUAGAAAAUGUAGAAAAUAUAAGAAAUGUAAACAACUUAGGAAUAGCAA